AUGCGAUAUGUCGGAAUGAUACCGGCGUUUGUGAUCCUGUUUGCUGUACUGUGCUACCUGCUUAGCCGUUCCCCUUACUUCUGGCGUCCGAAAUGGACAAGAUCAUUCAUUUCAGAGCACCCAUUAGAACUGUCUGAGUUGCCCCAAGACCGAAGAAAGCAACGAGUGGGCUGGGUGAUUAUUCUUUGCCUUAUUUCAAUGAUAGGAUUUGGAGCUGAGCUCACAAAAUCGAUCACUGAGGACUUCAACUCGGUGACCACUUCUGUACUUGUUUCAUGGGCAUUGGUGGCUGCUUUAAUCUGCGCUUCCCGACCAAGGAAGUGUCCCGCGUGGCUGCUUGCGUAUUUCAUUCCAGAAUUGAGCGUGGAGUUGUCUUUCAUUAUCAAUCAUGAUGCAUAUGCAGUGACGAAUCUCCCUGCGUGUUACGUGGCGGCCGGCGCCGCUCUGGCUGCUUGUGUGACGAUAUUGCUCAUGCCGCUUCGCGAGCCUUCUAUACCGUGUUAUGACAUUGCUGCCGUUGGCCAGCCAGCCUCCUGCGAAUUCCGCAGCCCGGAGGAUAACUUGAAACUCUGGCAGUUCUUGAGUGUGUCGUGGAUGGCUCCGCUCAUCUCCAUCGGGAGGAAAAGGCAACUGAACGAGGAGGAUGUCUGGUCUCUAGGAUUUGAGUUUCAGCAUCGCAAGCUGCAUGAUAAGUUUCGUCAACUUCGGGGUUCAGUGAUAGGGCGUUUGCUUCGAGCAAACGGGAUUGACAUCGCUAUUAUUACUACCAUUGCGAUUGUCCAGAUGAUCUGCGACUUUGCUACUCCUGUGCUGUUACAACAGCUUCUUCAAGCCAUGCAGGACAUGAGCUCAGGAAGACGGGCUGCUUUGACAUAUGCUCUAUUGACUCUACUUCUUCGAAUUGUUGCAGCACAGUCGCAAGUGCUUAAUCUUUGGUUUGGUAGACGCUGCUACGAAAGGAGUCGAGGCGAGAUGAUUAUGAUGGUCUACGAGAAGGCGCUUUCGAGGAAGAAUAUCUUUGAGCCCCAGACGGAGAAGAGCAACGAGGAGGCUGCGCCUUCAGAGAACAUGAAUGUGAGUGUCGAUGGCGAGUCUGAGACGGUCAGCACUAAACAAAGGAAAAUUUGUGGGAUCUUCCCUCGACGACGGGCGACUUCAGAGAAGCAAACGAAGUCAGCUGCCUCCAUGGGCAAGAUCUUCAACCUUCUUCGUGGUGACGUCUAUGAAGUUGCUCAGCGUUUCUGGGAAGUUGACUCAUUGAUCGACAAACCCCUAGGGCUUAUCAUUGCUACAGUGCUUGUCUGGAAGCUGUUUGGUCCGUCUUGCUUUCUCGGCAUUCUAGCGAUACUGAUCGCCCAAGUUCUAAAUGCUACUAUCACUCGCACGCUCCUGCGGUGGGAGCGAGUCCGGAGACUAGCAACUGAUGCAAGAUUGCAGAUAACAUCUCAGUUUAUUGAAGCACUCCGCCAUCUCCGCUGGUAUGGAUGGCAGAAUCAUUGGUUCCAGCAGGUCAUGGAUGCCAGACAGUCUGAACUCAACCUUCGGAUCAUCACCAGCCUUUGGAGUAUACUCAUUCGCUUUGUGAACACCUUCGCAAGCGGCCUAUUCCCAGUGGUGGCGCUGUAUGCGUAUACACUGUUGGCUGGCCACCCUUUACGCAUUGACAUCAUCUUCCCAGCACUCCAGCUAUUUACCAUGCUGGAGACCCGUCUUCGGGAUAUCCCUGGUCUAAUAACAGUUUUGAUUAAUGCGUCUAUCGCCGUCGAAAGAAUCGAAGAUUUCAUGGCAGAGCCAAAUAAGGAAAAAUUUGACGUUGCCCACGCUCAUCCUGCGUUGCUUCAAUUGAAGCAUUGUUCAUAUGCCUGGCCAGGUCGGGCACACCCUGUGCUAUCAGAUAUUGAUCUCCGCAUAAAUGAAGGACUUACGAUAGUUUCUGGCAAGGUUGGGGCUGGGAAAACGGCCCUGCUUCAAGCCCUUCUUGGUGAAUUGGAUAGAAUCAGUGGGUCUUCAGAUAUUCCUAACGAGAUGGUGGGUUAUUGUGCUCAAACACCAUGGCUCCAGAGCAUGAGUAUCCGGGACAAUAUUCUCUUCUCCUCGCCUUAUGAUGAGCAACGGUACCAAAGAGUUUUGGAAGCAUGCGCCUUGCUCCCGGACCUUGUCAAUUUCGAGCAUGGUGACCUUUCUUUUGUGGGAGAGAAUGGGAUCGGCCUGUCCGGGGGUCAAAAAGCCCGUGUGGCUCUCGCGAGAGCGCUUUACAGUGCCGCGAGAAUCUUAUUACUUGAUGACCCCCUAUCUGCUCUUGAUCAUAAUACUGCAGAGAUGGUGGCUCAAAAGUGCUUCACAGGACCACUGAUGCAAGAUCGUGUCGUUGUUCUCGUUACGCACCGCACCGCACUAGUCAACCAUAUCGCAUGUCAACUGGUCCAUAUUGAAGAUGGCAGGGCAACAGUUCGCUCUAAGGAAGCGAUUACCACGGAUUUCAUGGCUCAUGACGAUGUCCUAUCCUCUUUAGCAAGAACAACCCAUGCUGAAGCUGAAAAUCGCGAUCUGAUUCGGGAGGCUGCCGCUUCCGCUCCCACGAAAUUCAUUGAGGAAGAACAUCGUGCAGAGUGGGGCGUACAAGCUCAAGUGUACUGGACAUAUAUCAAGGCUGGCAGAUACCGGUGGUGGAUUGCGCUUGUCUUUAUCUUAACCGUGUACCGACUGACGUCUGUGGGACAGUCAUGGUUUCUGAAAGAGUGGGGCGAAGCCUACGAUCAACUACUGUUACUGUUUGGUUACUCUGCUGCCAAAGGAGAGUCUUCGGUUGGUUUAUUGGAGGCAUCACUCGCAUGGCCUCAAGUUCUUCAUUGGUCACCAACUGACCCGCUAAGCAAAUUGCCAGCUCCGUUCGAAGAUGUUCGUCCUUGGUUACUAGCUUUCUUUGUGAUUACAACGUUUCAAUCAGCCAUGCUUCUGAUUGCACAACUACUGAUGCUGGUCAUCGUAUAUUGUGCGGGGAAGAAGCUUUUCCGUGAAGUCAUGGUCCAAGUGAGCCAUGCCACAUUUCGCUUUUUUGAUAUUACUCCUAUCGGCCGCUUGAUGAACCGGUUGACGUCUGAUAUCGGAGUGGUUGAUGGGAACAUCAGCGAACAAUUCCAAGCUAUAGCGUUUCAAGCUAUCACCUGGAUAUCGUCCAUUGUGGUCAUAGGCUCUGUUACACCAACUUUCCUUGGAUUUUCGUUUGCUCUCACCGGGGCGUUCAUUUUCACCUUCCUGCGGUUUCUCCCUACAUCGCAAAGCCUUCGGCGACUCGAAAUGGUGUCCCUGAGCCCGCUGAUAUCCAACUUUGGAGAGCUUCUCCAUGGCCUGACCACUGUUCGCGCGUUUCAUGCCGAAGAACGCUUUCAGGACAGAGUGAUUGCAGUCGUGGACAAAUUCCAAGGGAUGGACCAUUUCUACUGGUCUCUGCAGAGCUGGUUGAUGUACAGAUUUGAAACGCUUUCAGCUCUGUCCACCUUUUGCCUGACUGUUCUGGUAUUAUACACCGGUAUAACUCCGGGACUGGCUGCCUUCGUAUUGAUCGCAGCAAACAACUUCGUUACAUCCACUCACGCAUUGUGCAAACAAUACGGCCAGCUCCAAAUGGACUUUGUCUCCGUGAAGCGGAUUGAUGAGCUGCUUCAUGUCGAACAGGAGGAUCCAGGUACAAUUCAGCCUCCUGCGUCUUGGCCGCGGUUUGGACAGGAUAUCAUUUUCGAGGAUGUGAACGUCAAAUAUGCUGCACAUCUGGAGCCUUCUCUUCGCAAUAUCUCCCUUCGAAUUCCCGGUGGCUCAACAGCUGCCAUAAUAGGCAGAACAGGAAGUGGCAAAUCCACUCUUGCAGUAUCACUGCUGAGCGUGAUCCGACCUGAGUCCGGCCGAAUCAUCAUCGACGGUCUCGAUAUUGCGCAAGUCGACACACAAGCACUCCGCACCCGUGUUACCUUUGUUGCGCAAGAUCCCGUUCUCUUCCCUGGUAGUAUCCGGUUGAACCUAGAUCCAACAGGUGAAUACUCGGACGAGGAAUGCGCCGAAGUCCUGAAGCGCAUCUGCAGUCGACACCGCUGGAGCCUCCAGACUAACAUCGAAGCUGGUGGGCGUAACCUAAGCCAAGGAGAGCGGCAGUUAAUUGGCCUCACUCGAGCCGUCUUGCGUCGCAGCUCGGUUGUCAUUCUAGAUGAGGCUACGGCCUCCAUUGAUCAUGAGAGCUCCCUUGAGAUCCAGCAGGUCAUCAGGGAGGAACUGCGGGAAUCAACAGUCAUCACAAUUGCGCAUCGGUUGGAGGCCAUCAAAGACGCAGAUUACUAUGUGGUGCUCGACCAGGGACGGGUCUCGAAGUAUGGCUACGUGAAGGACAUGAAAACUCCUCUCUAG